AUGUGCCAGAUUACCAAGUUCCGUGAUAAUGAUGUUUUUAGUUCUGAAGUUCACCGUGCAGUUCAGAAACGACAUGAUUAUGGAGAAACUUUUAAUCUUGCUCAGAAGGUAGUUCGGUCUGCAGUUGAAGCAGAUGGUGAAUCUCUUUGCCAUUUUAAAAAAAUUCUGAACGAUUGGUUUGCUAAAGAACAAAGGCUAACAAAUAUUAACAAUAAUAACAAGGAGGAUUUUAAUCCUAAUCAACAAAUGUGGGAUAGUUGGGUAUUAUGCACCAACUUGCAAGAACUAGAAGGAAUAGUAGAGGAUAUAG